GCCCUAGCGGUGAUGCCCGGCACUCCCGCUCUCCCCCUCGGGGCUCUCUGAGCCGGCGGCGCCUGCGAGACGGUUAUGGCCUCUAUAUUUACCCAAACUCAUUUUUUCAGUACGAAGGAGAAUGGAAAGAAGGAAAAAAACAUGGUCACGGGAAGCUGUUGUUCAAGGAUGGAAGCUUCUACGAAGGCGAUUUUGUAGACGGAGAGAUUAUGGGAAAUGGAUUCCGCUACUGGGCAUCAUCAGGGAACACCUAUUCUGGGCAGUUUGUUUUUGGAGAACUGCAAGGAUAUGGCGUGAUGAAGUAUAAAGACGGUGGAAGAUACGAAGGGGAAUUCUCCCGAGGACUGAGAGAAGGCCAUGGGUGUCUAGUGGAACUAGACGGACAAACGUAUCAAGGAUCGUUUCAUGAUAAUAAAAAGCAUGGAGAAGGGCGAAUGAUAUUCAGAAACGGCGAUCGUUACGAAGGAGACUGGGUCCUGGACCGGCGACAGGGGCACGGAGAGUGGUGCUCGGCUGACGGAACCGCUUACCAGGGCCAGUGGCGGGAUGACGCGUUCAGUGGCCAAGGCGUCCUGACUCACCGCUCCGGAAUCACCUACGACGGGCUGUGGAUCCGUGGCUUCCCAGCCACUCCUGCCACGAAGAUCGUCAUUUUGGGCCCCGAGGUGAUGGAGCUGAUCCAAGACUCUCCCAUCUGCCUUUCUGUCCAGCUGCAAACCGAGGAUGGGGAAGUUGCUGAGGGUGAGAGCGGCCGGGUUUUAGAGCUGUGGGUUGGUAUUCGGAAGGCCCGGGAUCCAGCUGAUUCCAGCACCAGCCCACUUGCACCCAUUGCUGGGGAAGAGGAGAAACUCGUGCAGACACCCUUCGGAUUUGAGUGCAUUAGCUAUCCUUUGAUGGAUGCCGCACCCACGAGCCCGGAACCAAGAGCCAGCCAGGGAUCACCGAUCCCCGAGGGGAGCAUCGAGCCGGAAUUCGGAUCAGACCCCACGCACGGCGGCGAAGUCAAUGCCCCUGGGCCCGCAGAUGAAAAAUCUUUGGUCUUGGCACUGGAAAGUACAGGUCCUUCUCACCGAACCCGCCAACGCGUGGACCGAGGAUCCGUUCGAUUUAAAGACGUCAGGCUGGCCCCCCUUCCUCCCGGGCACCGGACUCUCGGGUUCGGGGAUGAUCCGAGCCAGAAAGGAAGGAGGAAGCCUGCUGGGAGACUGGAUGCCGAGAAAGAGGAGAAGAAGACAGCAUCCCCAGAAAAGGCGGGUGACGGCAGGUCCAGGGUGCCCAUGGAGGGGAGUCCGAUGCUUCCGGUGGACCAGUGCUCCCCAGGUGACUACGUGAUUGGAAUUCAUGACACCACCUGGGCACCAUUCCUGGGCCAGACUCUCCCCUCUGCCUUCAAACUCUUGAGGGUUUUACAGGGGAAGAGCCAUGGCCAGAGAGUCCAGAAGGACAUUUCGAAAGCCCCCAAGUAGAGAGAAAACCCAAGUGGCUUCAGGGAGCCCGGGGACAACCCUUGGGUCACCAGAGGGAGGACCCUCACCGGGAGACAAGCCUCCUCCAGAACAGCAUCCAGGGAAUGCCCUCUUCAUUCCCACUUGUAGAUUGUAGCGUUUGAUCCCAAUAAAGAGGAGCAGCGCUGAGCAUGCCUGCGGGGGGGUCCUGAGGGUCAGGGCAGUGGUAGGAUGAGCAGACCCUUGGAGAAGAGACCCUCCAGACCCCUGUCCAGGAGUCCAGCCGCACCACAGACUGCCUGGCCACAGAUGUGAACCCCUUUUCACGUAAGCUCACCAAAGGCGUUCACCUGUGAGCUCACCGGGCCCUGCGGCUGUGGUCUCUGGCAAUGGUUCAGAGCAGAUUCCCUCCCGAGCAGUCUGGACACGCACCCUUGAGCUGAAACGCAGAUGCUCAUGGACAAAUAUUCCUUCCAGUUUAUGUUCCUUAUUGAAACAAGGAGGAACGGACUUGCAGACUUUCACUUUAAGCCACACAGAUGUUCGAAGCAGCAGAACACCGCUUCCCAUGGGUGGGGGGUUGGGGGGAGGGCUCAGAGCCCGGUGAUCUUUUUAUCAGCCAGUUCCCCAGAAAUUCUUUAUAAUAAAAGCUGUAAGCUUCUUGAAGGUA